GUUGCCGUUCGCGGAAGUCUCGUUUCCAUUUGCCAAACACUGAGAAGAGGAGAAAGAUCUGUCUGUCAUUCACCAGUAGUGUGGAGAAUCUGCUGAGAUGACAGACGCAUCAGGGCGUGGCGGGGAGGCGGAGCCACUGAAGGAUGGAGAGGCAGAAGGGGGCAUGUCUAAGGAGAAGAGCUGCGCAGGGAAGCUGGGUCUGUCUCAUCUGACCGGCUGGAGAACAGCGGCGUUCCUGCUUUCCAUAUUCCUGUGUCUGGCAGUCAUCUUCGCCUUUUCAUUCAUCCUCCCGUGCCCCGUACGGCCUCAAUAUGUGUCCACCUGGAACCGCACAUUACCUGACGCAGCCACGUAUGAUUUCCUGGCUGUUGAGGAUGCCAAUGAAGAUAAAGUGUUGGAUGUGAUCUUCAUCUACAGAGAUUAUGAUGCCAGCCGUAACACAUGUUUGAAUGCAGUUCCGUGUCUGGUGUUAACGGCUGUUGAUGGUACGAAUGGAAAAUCACUUUGGAAACGAGCUUUAUCUGCGGAGUUUGACUGGGUGGAGUGCGGUGUGAAGGGACUCGGACACAAAGGGAGCGGAUGUUUGGUUGCUCAUGCAGACAAUCUCACGGCGGUCGACAAAAAGACUGGUCGGAUCACGUGGCAGCAUUCACGUUCCACUGUGAUGCAUGGAAAUCUCCCGCUGAUCAGCGUCCCGGAUCUCAACUCUGAUGGAAAAGAGGACUUUGCUGUUCUUUCAUACAAUCCUGAUGCUCUUUCAUUCACACCGACCGAACUGGUGUUUUUCUCAGGGAAAUCCGGUGAUCAGCUCGGCUCCAGAGUGAAUGUUGAUGUGAACGGUGUAUUCGCUCAUCUGCCUUUCAAAACGGCCGGAGGUGCUUCAUAUCUGCUGUUACUCACAGACUCUGGGCUUUACGCGGUCAGUCUGGGACGUCUGGCAGCUCAGGCUAAGCCUGGUUUUGAGUCCGCACUGAAGAAAGAGAAAAGCUGGGAGGAACUGUCAGACAUUCACACUGGAUUCAUCCCCCUCUAUCAGUCUGGUUUUCUGAAGCGUGUGUUGGCUGUUCAGGGCAGUAAUCCUCCAUCACUGCUCAUCCAGACGGACUCCAGCGUUUCACUGCUGCAAACAGACAAGCUGAAGACCGCCUGGACCACCAACACCAGCACUCUUCUUAGUGUGCCGACGUUUGGACAAUUUGACAAAGAUGGGAUUCCAGAUGUAAUGAUAGAGGAGGACGCUGGCAAUAAAACCAAAAGAGUGGUGGUUCUCAGUGGACACACUGGAGUCGUCCUGUGGGAAGUCAAUCUGUUGUUCUGGCCUCUGAGUCCUCGUCCAGCUUCUGUCCUCACACUCAACACAUACUCAGUGUUCAUGCUCUGGGGACAGACUAACCAGACUAAUCAGAUGCAGUCGUCAUUCCUGCUUCAUCCUCGAUAUUCCAAACUGCUGCUUGAAAGAAGGAAAUCUUCUCAGAAUAUCGUCUCCUUUAAGGCAACGCUGUUGGAGCGAGGUCGACAUGCCUCUUACCUCGUCCUGACAGGACCAGACGGACGGCGACACACAGACGACAGAGAGCCGGUGAUUCUGACCAAGAGGAAGAUCAAGAAAGACGUGGAGGAGAGCGAAGUUUAUGGAGUAACAGCGGAUGAACUGAUCUCGAAGGACGCAGAGGACUCCGUGAAGGAGGCGUUUCACAGGCUGCGCUUCAGUGACACACAGUGAUAAAAG